AUGGCAGAAGACCUCAUCAGACUCUGCCACACCAUCACAGUCAUCGCCCUCGUCCCACCAAUGCAAAUUCACCUCUUCGAAUCAACUUCAUCAAAACAAAUGGCACGCCAGAUGGGCAGACACAAUCUUGCCCUCUGCAUGGUCGCCAUGGACGAGAUGCGCAAGUCCUACAUCUCGGCGGAUGCGUCGUAUAAGCUCUUCGAGACGGCGAUGAACAAGGUAGAUAACGCGCCGCCCCACCAGCAGCAUCAGCCGUCUCCAGCUGCUGCUGCCUUGACGCCAGAUACGAGCGCGUUCGCGAGCUGGCCUGAUGGGUAUGGGCUGGGCACCGCGGGCAUCAUAUCGGAUAUGUGGAGUCCACUGCCGAAUGCAUACGCUGACAAUGCUUCGAUAUCGGGAACCCAGUGA